UCUACUGCAAAGAAAAAAUUCACCACGGAAACUGGGGAAGCCGUUUUUCUGUCUGGUUUUUCUGUAAAUUUCGUUUUAGUUCUUCGGGUUGUCUGAAAGUGAUUUCAAUAUGUCGUUUCGACCGCUACCCAUCUUGUUCAUUAAUCUGGGUGGUGAGAUGUUGUACAUUCUGGACCAGCGACUGCGGGCUCAGAAUAUUCCAGGCGACAAAUCUAAGAAAGUGAUGAAUGACAUCAUCAGCACCAUGUUCAACCAGCGUUUUAUGGAGAACUUGUUUCGACCUCAGGAGAUCUACUCUAAGAAAGGAAUGCGUACCGUGUUUGAUAGACUGGCUCAUGCCUCUAUUAUGAGACUCAAUACAGCCAGUAUGGAUAAGCUGUACGAUCUGAUGACGAUGGCGUUGAAGUAUCAGAUCUCUCUCUGUUUACGCCCUUCAGACAUCCUUCUAGUGACUCUCAACCAUCUGGAUGCCAUUAGGGCCUUCGUAGAAGACUCUGUGCCCAUACGCAACCAGGUAGAGGCUGUCUUCAGAAUGGUUAUUAAGACGUACGGUUCACUCUCGAUGGGUGAGUUUCAGCUGAUCAGACAAACCUUGCUGGAAUUCUUUCAAGAUAUACACAUACGGGUAUCAAUAUUUCUGAAAGACAAAGUACAGAACUCCAAUGGGAGGUUUGUACUGCCGGUAGCCGGAGCGGUGCCUUACGGAGCCGAGAUACCUGGAUCAAUUAGAUAUUACGAUGAUUGCGGCAAGAUGAUUAAGACGACAGAGUUCCCCUGUGGAAGCAAAUACCAAGCCAGUUUACGAGAGGGCUCCUUUGAAACAAAAGGGGACAGAGUGAUUAAACUGGGGACCAACAUGUACAGCGCUGUACGGCCGACGGAUACAACGGUCAGCAACCCAGCUCAGAAAUCAACCAUGGCGUCAUCGGCUGAAGAGGCCACGGCUAACCCUAACCCAAUGGUGAAGGCAGAGCUCAACCUCCUGGCACAUCUCAUGGGCGCAGUGGAUAACAAGAAAGGCAAAUCAGACUUCAGAGUCAACAUGUUUAACACGGAUGAAGAAGAAGAACAAUUUGGUGCCUCGAGACCUCCACCGGACAUGUACGACUUCAAGGUGAUAAACAUCGAUGCAUCAAAGAUUCAAAAAAGCGAUGAACUUAACAGGAUCAUGGGCGACCUUUCAAUCCCAGAAUCCUCAGGGAGCAGCAGUAAGGGCGAUGACCUCUUAGAGUUAAUGGACAGUGCCUCGUGAUUUCGCACCCACAGGAAAUAAUAAUAUACUCAAAUUGUAGACUCUCGCCCUUGUUGAACAAUAAUCCUUUCAAUCACACUCUUAGAAAUAUUUGAAGUUGUAAAAAUCUUUAAAGGCAGUGGACACUAUUGGUAACUACUCAAAAUAAUUAUUAGCA